CUGGAGAUGAUGGAUUUGGAUGGUGAUGGAUCUUGACGCCGGGCGUUGGGCUCUGGAUGGUUGCCGUGCCGCUGGCCGCAACUGGAUUAGCCGCCGCAAGCGAGGUGCCACGCAUUGCAUUCACCUCUACUACUUCAUUUCUCUCCUCUUGCUGCUCUCUUUCCCCUCUUCUUCUUCUUCUUCCUCCUCCAUUCAUGAUGCUGCAAUCACGCGCCCCCCGAUCAUUCCCCGGCGUAAGCGCCUCGCCAGCCAGGAGCGUCCAGUCAAGGGGGCGCACUUUGCCGACCACCUUCCCAGCUAGCGGAACCUCACUGGCUUGGCCUCAUUGCUCGCUCGGUCGCUAGCUAUGGUCCAACCUGCAGCAACUCGGACGGCCGUCGGCUUUGGCUGCCUUCACGGGUCAUGUCGGU